ACAAAGUACAAAGAACUCGCCGAUUCCAGUAUAAAGACUCGAAGAAAUGCAUACCCCUUCCUUAUUCCUUCCCCCAUGUCGCCCUCGAACACAGUUUUUGCUGUUUUUUCUGUGUUCUUUUUCCUUCUUGUACUUGUUCCCACUCCAUGCCAUGCCCAGCCAUGGAAUCUCGGCACUCUCUUCUUCAUCUUUUGGUUAGCUUCUAGCUUGAUCAUUCUUUUCGUUGACUCCGUUGGCGCCUACUGCUGCCGGCUGCUUGAUGCCCCACUGCCGUCAUCACAAGUUAGCACAUACACUGUGUGGCUCCCACUGAUAUUGAGAUUUGUCAUAGAAUACGCCGCUCAAGCGCAUCGAUUUGACAUCUUCCUCGACGCUGGCUGUCUACCAUUCACUUACGAUACCGCCCUUUCCAUCACGUUCGUUAAUGCGCCCAGCCUCAUUCUCUCUCUUAUCGCCGUCGGAUUUUCUGUUGCCUCUCUCGGUACAUACAAGUAUCUCAAGCCUGUUCCUCACAAAUACUCCCCUCUUGCCGAUCCAUCAUUUCCAGCACUUUCUCCCCAGCGCUAUGUCCGCCUUCUUGUCCUUUCUAUCGUUGUGUCAGUUUUCAACGCCACCGAGCGACGAAUCGAGGCUCAUCUUGAGGGUAUUGACGAUUCCGAACGUUCAGCAGUGAACACAUAUCCUGCCUCGGUCUGGCGCUCCGUAACGCGUACGGCUUUCGGUGUCGACGGCAAUAGGUGGAUGUUUCUUAUUAUUGGGCUAACUUUCCUCGCUUUAUUUGGUACGGGUGAAGACGUGCAGAAACAUUAUCGUCGUCUCUUUGCUGUCGUUCCGAAAUCAAGUCCUAAGUUAAAAUUAGAUGUCUUUGCUUUUGCCAAGAGGAAACAGACCGCCCCCGAGCCCGAAAAAAUCGGACUGCAUACUAUGGGAACAAUCCUCCGACCGUCCAGAAGGACACUUGCAUUUCAAUACGACAAAAUGUCUUUCAAGGACGUCGGUGGACUGUUGCUAGAUGCCGGGGAAGCGCCUGCGCUCCCGCCGUCAGAGACAGGGGCCGCGAAGCUGACUCGACCGCCAAAAGCGCGAACAUAUGACCGCGAUAAACCCCUACCGUCCCCCGAGCCCCUCGUUGACCCAAACUAUCGGGGGGAAACGUUCGUUCUUCCAUCAGAUUCCUUCCUUGAGCUGGCGAGUCCCAAGGAGGCAAGCCACCUCCCCUAAUACCUCGUUAGACGAUUCUUGUCUGUACAAUUAUACUAUAUACGCAGAAAUUGAAGGACUACGCAUCUCUAUCAUACUUACACUAAUUUGUAUUCGUCGACUUUCUGUAUCGCCAUGGGUCAUCGCUAUCUUAAGCUGUACGUUUGCGGCCGUCGGUGACAUACGUGCUCCCAAGCUGUCCGGGGGUGUCAAUUCAAUCCUCGGAUUCCCCUGUCGUUUUGCCCCCGUCCUUUCGACGGAACUUGAUUUCUCCCCCUCCUUCUGAUUACCUCCGUCAUUUUCAUUGAAUCGAGGGUAAGACAUUGGCGUCGGACGGGACCUAUUUUCUAGAAAAUUUAAAUAAAAACUGUCGCCUGAAAUUCAGAGGCAUGUGCUUCGCCGAGAACAUCCUAGUUUGAACUUUGAAGUCGAUAAAGCACUAGCAAAAGUGGAUCGAAGCCAGAAACCUCGCC